UUAGUUAAUUUAAGCAAAUACUUUUUUUAUUUAUGUGUAUUUUGCAGAAGCAAUUAAUAUUUGUUAUAUAAAAUAAAAUAUAUUUGAUUGCUGUUAAAAUGCCUCAAUGGUUUUUGUUGAAGGCACUUCAGAUAAAUUUGUUUUCCUUAGAGUAUGAAGUUCAAAAAUGAAGUUGCAAAAUAUAACAUUAUGUUAUAUUAUAUCGUGUAUCGUGCAUGCCUAACAACUAAACGUAUUCUGAAGAAAUUAGAGAGUAAUGAUAUUUGAUAAGUAUCUCCAAAACAUAUAAUAUAUUACAAACACGCUAGGAACCGUGCGUAACGUAGAUUUACCGCUGAUAUACCGGAAUCGAGUGAAGGAGACUAAUCAACGAAACAAUUUAAUGAAUUAUGAAAGAAUGACGAAAAACCAGCUUGGUAUCUCACCGUAGAUUGUUCCAAUUCAAAAAUAUUUCAAGGAAUAGCUUUAAACUUUUACGCGCAUUAUAUCACGUAGCAAGACAUUACCUGGCAAGAAUUUUAAUUAAAAUCACGGGCGUCGUGCCUCCGCGCAUUAAUUUAUAUGUUUAACCAGAAUCAGUUGUGCAAAACAGUACUAGACUUAUAACUGCUAAUAAAAAUUCGUAUCGCCGCAACGACAGUGACGUGUUUCGCGAGUUUGAUUAUUUUCAGCAAAGAAAAGGACCUUUGCAACUGUUGUAUAAUCGAUAUAUUAUUAAUUCUUGCACUUAAUUCUAAUUAAAUCAAAAUGUAUUAACUAAUCGUAUAAAAUAAUUUUAUAACGAUUGCAAAGCUGUUUUUUCUGCUGUCUGGCUGAAUGACAAUCUCUGCGUUCAGCAAAAAAACAACCUUUCAAUUUGUUGUGAGAUUCUUCAAUACGUAUUGAUUUUUACCGUAUUGGAUCUAAAUGUAUAUAAAACAAUCGUAUCAAAAUAAGUUUUGCAAGUUGCAAAAUGGUUCGUCCGCAGAUAAGUAUCAUUCAGUCAGCGAUGGCUAUGAAGUCUUUUCAAUGAUAAUCAGUUCGUAGUCUCGAGGUCACUUGACCAGACAUCAUCGUUCGAUCGAUCCGCAGCCGCGCGUUCGCAAUUAUUCAUAUCAUAAUUUUUUAAUUGAGUGAUAAAACGAGUUUUGUAAUAGAUUUAAAUACGAAAGAUACAACAGUCCUCCUCAGUAUUUGUAACUUGCCUCGUGACACGGCUCACCUCGAUCCCACUUACUUCGCGAUUAGACUACAGAUUUCAGCAAAAGGAGAAAGUGUAUGACUUCUCGACUUGGCCUUCAGUACAAUCACUCGAGCGAGAUGACGUUUAGUCUUACUUCGGCCUGCGUUCUUUGAACAUCACUUACAGUGCCGAUACCGAAAACGCGCACAAGUAAAAGUGAAAGUGGAUAAGAGAUAAAGAAGGAACCACAUUGUUUUGAUUACGAACACAAAAUAAAGAGACAAAAUGCUAUUAACAAUAGGAUUUUGGCUAUUAGCUAUUUUGAUUAUUUUUUGGAUUUUACUUGGUCCUGUUAUGAGAUUUCUUCGUACUCUGUGGGAAAUUAUUAUGCAAAUAUAUAACAAGAAAACGAUCGAUUUACGAACAAAAUUCGGUGAAUGGGCCGUUGUCACCGGCUCUACUGAUGGUAUCGGUAAAGCUUAUGCUAAAGAGUUAGCAACAAGAAACAUGAAUCUAAUAUUAAUUAGCAGAAAUUUAGAGAAGCUCGAACGCACAAAAGAUGAGAUACUAUUAAUAAAUUCAAAAAUUGAAGUGAAAAUCAUUGUGGCGGAUUUUGCUGAAGGAGAAAAUGCUUUUUCUAAAAUCCAUCCUCUUUUGCAAGACAUAUCCGUCGGUAUAUUAGUGAACAAUGUGGGUAAGCAAUACGAGUAUCCCAUGUAUGUCGGAGAGGUGCCCGAGAAGGAGCUGUGGGACAUUAUCAACGUGAAUGUGGGCGCCACUACGUUAAUGACGCGGCUAGUUAUCGGGCAGAUGCAAAAGCGCAAACAAGGCGCGAUUGUCAACGUCUCCUCCGGGUCCGAGUUCCAACCGCUGCCGUUGAUGACAGUGUACGCAGCUACAAAGGCGUACGUGAAGAGUUUCUCCGAUGCUCUCAGAGCGGAAUACUCUAGAUUCGGCAUAACUGUACAACACUUGUCGCCUCUUUUCGUCAAUACUAAAAUGAACGCGUUUAGUUCUAGGCUUCAGGUUUCAAGUAUAUUUGUACCUGAUGCCACAACUUAUGCAAAGAAUGCCAUUACCACUCUGGGCAAAAUGGACAGCAGUACUGGUUACUGGGCUCAUAGUAUUCAAAAGUUCAUCACUCUAAUGCCACCUGUAUGGAUUAGAACCAAAAUUGGACAAAUCAUGAACGAGAAUUUUAGACAAGACUAUUUCAAGAAACAGCAAAACAAAACGUUACAAUAAGAUAUAUGUAAAACAAAAGUUUUUUUACAGCUUUGUUUCGCAUUAAUAUAAAAUUAAACCAUUUAUUUUAAUUAAAAAUAAUAGAGAAAGGUCACUAAAUACUGAUAAUUUUGUUCUUAUAUGUAA